GGACUAAAGUGAGACACAACUUUUGAUUUCUGAUAUUUUGACUCGUGCACGAACGUACUGUCGCGCUCUGAGCUAAGGGAUUACGUCUGAGGGAACGUUACGGAGUUUUGCUUUUUAUCAUUGCCUUCAGGAUACAUUUGGUUUCUUUUUAAUUGAAUUCUUUAUCCGCCAACCACGCUGCAGUAUUAAAAUCAGCAGAUAAGCUAUUUAUUCUAUUACACUUGUUUCAGACCCUCAAAAGGACUGCUGAUUUAUAAUUUGUAGUAUUUUAUUUUGAUAUUUCUUUAAAGAAUAUUCUCACACUUUGCUUAUUCCAUCGGUAAUCCAUCUGUAAUUUAGCUUUCUUAUAUUUCUAAAAGACUAUUUUUGUGGCCUAUUUAAUCUUUUAUUUUUCUCAAUUUUAAAACCAUGAAGCACUUGCAAUUUGUUUUGGUCCUGGCUAUCGCGGUGAACGUGUGGGAAUGUGGAGACGCAAAAUUCGGCGAGAGGGGCGAGCUGAGCUCCAGGAGGAGACGUUGUUACGACGGAAGCGUGCCCAAGCGGCUGAAGAAAAGGGAGAGAAAAGUGCUGCUUGACGGCAGCGGUGGCAGCAGCGGAGAGGUCUGCCACAGGUUGUACCCCCGCGUGUCGUGUUGCCCCACCAGGAGAGCCGCGUACCAGAUCCUACACCGCAGGGAUGCCAGGGUUUUCUCCACAAAUAAUACCGAAUGUGGACGUCUCUUGGAGGAAAUCAAGUGUGCCCGUUGCUCCCCUAACGCCCAGGUGCUGUUCCACUCUCUGGACAUGGAUAAGAUGCCACACAGGGAGCCCGAUCUGCCCCGACUCUGCCAGGACUUCUGCCGAGAAUUCUACUACACCUGCAGGGGGCACAUACCAGAGCUGUUCCAGGCUGAUGUAGAUGAGUUCUGCCAGUACUACGGGAGGAGGGAUGGCAGUCUUUGCUUUCCUGAUUUUCAGCGAAAACCACUUCAUGGCCUGGAUUCAAACUACUUGGGGGAUGAAAAAAUAGAAGAUAUCAGGAAACACAAACACAACUGCUACUGUGCCCAGGAGGUGUUGAGUGGUCUGAGACAGCCGGUGUCUGCAGUGCACUGUGGAGAUGGGUCCCAGCGCCUCUUUGUCCUCGAGAGGGAGGGCAUCGUGCGCAUCCUCACCCACGACCUCGUCAUGCUCAAGGAGCCCUUUCUCGACAUCCACAAACUUGUACAAAAUGGAAUAAAGGGCGGAGAUGAAAGAGGGCUGCUUAGCCUGGCAUUCCACCCCAAUUACAAGAAGAAUGGCAAACUGUACGUGUCCUACACCACCAACCAGGAGCGCUGGGCCAUCGGACCCCACGACCACAUCCUCCGAGUGGUGGAGUACACUGUUUCAAGGAAAAACCCCAACCAGGUGGACACGCGGACAGUGCGAGUUCUGAUGGAAGUGGCUGAGCUCCACCGGAAGCACCUGGGGGGUCAGCUGCUGUUCGGCCCCGACGGUCUCCUGCACAUCAUCCUGGGAGACGGGAUGAUCACACUGGACGACAUGGAGGAGAUGGACGGGCUCAGUGAUUUCACAGGCUCCAUUCUGAGGGUGGAUGUGGACACAGACUGCUGUUCCUCCCCGUACUCCAUCCCGCUCAACAAUCCCUAUUUCAACAGCACCAACCAGCCUCCGGAAAUCUUUGCACACGGAUUACACGACCCAGGAAGAUGUGCCGUGGAUCGACUUCAGACCGACAACGGAAGUCUUUCGAUACUGUGCACCGACACCACGGGGAGGAACACCACAUCAGGGAGAAUACUGGACAUCUCGAAAGGAAAGGAUUAUGAAAAUGAGCCUUCUGUGUAUAACCUGCAGUCCAACGGCGGCGCUCCACCUGUAGGCGGCUUCAUCUACAGAGGCUGUCAGUCGAGGCGGCUUUACGGGAGUUACGUGUUUGGAGAUAAGAAUGGUAACUUGAGGAUUCUGCAGAAGUCUUCCUUGGCAAAUGGAGAAGAGUGGCAGGAAAAACCUCUGUGUCUGGGCUCGACUGCCUCGUGUGGUACGACGCUGAACGGCAACAUCCUGGGCUUUGGAGAAGAUGAGCUGGGUGAGGUGUACAUUUUAGCGAGCAGUAAAAGCAUGGCACAGCUACACAGCGGCAAACUCUACAAACUGGUGGAUCCCAAAAGGCCGUACACUCCAAAAGAGUGCCAUCGAACUGUGGAGCCGCCAGAGCUCUUGAUGACAGCCUGCUCCAGACACUGCAAGAACGGGCACUGCACCCCCACGGGCAAGUGCUGCUGCAGCCCGGGCUGGGAGGGGCCCCUCUGUAGAGUGGCCAAAUGUGAGCCAGGCUGCCGUAAUGGCGGCGUGUGUCUGGAGCCCAACAGGUGCCUGUGUAAGAGCGGGUACUCUGGAGACAUGUGCGAGAAGAGCGAGCGAGGGAUGCCCAACGACCAGGAGAGAGACGGCAUCAUCGACCACAUCAUGGACAUGACGUCCUAUCUACUGGACCUGACCAGUUACAUCGUAUAGGGCUGAGCUCCCCUGCUCCACACAGAUCUACCUAGCACCAGCAGCACACUCCACACCUCCACACCAGACCUCCACCCACUCACCUAUAAGCUACAUGCUUUAGAGCACCAGGCCUGGCAUCCAAGCCUUGUUCACAGCUGUGACAUAAUCCUUCACGAGCAUGGCCCUCUGAAAACACCACCUGCUGACGGAGAAUCGGUUCACUCUCAGUGAGCAGCUCAAGACUUUGGCAGGGACAGCUGAAAUGUUGCCUUACUCCAGCCCCAUAGACACUGGCUUCAGUGGAGACUAUUGCUCUGUGUUCUGGGCUCUGUCAGGAUGCAGCGGUGUGAGUUUAAACAUAAGGACAGUGUCACUGAGGGACCCACAUCCUGGUGAAUCGACUCAGAUGAGACUGCAGGACUGUGCUUACCAGGCUCCAUAAGCGCGUUGGCACCAUGUCAUACAUGCUCAUACUGUGUAAACUGUUGUAUUGAUUUUCCAUCAGCUACAGAACAGCAGAGGGCUGUUUUACACAAUAUUUGUGGAGACUGAACAGAGCCUGUUCACAGCAGUCCUAAAACCUGAUGGAGUAAUGAGCUCCCAUGCACUGCAUCAUAAGGUUCACUAUAACUACAAAUGAACUUAACAAGUUAAUGGUUUAGCACCAUUCACACAAAAACUGAACCAUGUUCAUCAAAGGGACACCACAGCUUCAUGUUGUAUAUUUCCAAUACAGUAGAGCUUACCUAAGUACUACUUAGCAUUGCAAAACUAUAGCAUUAUUAUUGUUAUCAUAGAGGAGGUUUAUUUUUGUAAGCUUAAUAAUAUAUGGGAGAGAAUGGUGUUUCUAGAAGUUUUACACAAAGCUCGUCAGUUCAUGUUUCUUGUACUCUGUUCUUCUCAAACACAAGGCUAUAAGUAUUGUUUUCUACUCUUUAAAUGCAUGUCUGUGCCUGCAUAAAGUCAAUUAGAGCAGCCGGUGGAGUCCGUGUAAUUCUUGAGUAACACGCGCUUCAUCAGCCCUGUCUGGGACACGCGCUGUCAGACCAUCACAGCCAAGGCCACGUUAUCUCCAAGCAUCUGUUAAUGGAGUCGUUUAAAGAGUGAAGGAGCCUCAGCCCCUCCACACACUGAGCCCGGAGCCGCCAUAAACACUCAUCACACGUCAUAUGGUAUGGCUCUAGUUACGUUAUGAAAGCUGCACUGUGCAAUGCUUCUGACGGAGGGUUUGUCCUCAGCUUGUCUCCGUGGAGAUGUUAUUGCUUUGCCUGGGAUGUUCCACAGUAUGGCUUUACAGAAAUAUAUCUUCUAUCUCUUAUUUCUCUAAACUACAGAUUCUCCACAGAUCUGACCUGACCUGUGUCUCCAUGGAGGUUGUUAUUUUAAAUGCCAUCCUUUAGAAUAUUCCGGGGAAAAAUAUUAACAUCUCCAUGGAAACAAACAGGUGGCCAACCAUUCAGAAAAGUUACACAGUGCAUCUUUUACAUCUUUAUUUGAAAUUUUGAAAUUAUAAUAUUUGCUAGUCACCACCUCUUUUGCUGGUAUCCGUAAAGAUGCAUUGCGCAACUUUUCUGGUGGAGGGUCUGCCACCUGCUUGUCUCCAUGGAGAUGUUAUUAUUUUGCCUGGAAUGUUCCCUGGUAUGGCAUUAAACUCAUCUAAAAUCACAUCAAACUCUUUAAACACAUCAAAAAUACAAUAAUUUAGUCCAAAAAUCUGACCUGUAAUAUAGAAUAUAGUUGUUUUAAUCUCUACCGUGGAACAUUCUAGACAAAUAAAAACAAUAACAUCUCCAUGGAGACAAGCAGGUGACGGACCCUCCACUUGAAAAGUUACGCAGUGCACCUUUAAACCAAAACCCGAAGAUAGUUUUCUUUUGUAUCGCCCACAUGAUCGUUUUUUUGCUGGAUGAAAUCAACACAAAAUGGAAUUCAUACUGUAAAAAUAAAAAACUAUACUUUUUUAGCACUUAAUGUGAAAGUUGCAUUGUAGCUGCUCAGAC